GGAGUCCAGUUUGUCAGAAAGCCACACGAAGAAGAAAGGUCAACGUUGAUCUUGUCCAUGUGUUGGUCAGCGGUAGUUAGCUAGCUACUUGUAAAAGGGUUUCAUCUUGCAUUUUUUCUGAUUGUACAAAUGUCGUAACUGGAUAAACUCCCGACUUUGUGCUAUAAGCAAGUCGUGUAUUGAACGAUUGUUCGUGGAUCACUCGUGAGUCUCCUGCAAAUGAUUUGUUUAAUCUUAUAGCAAAAGUGUUAUUGUUCGUCAUGGUAGCUAGCUAGCUAACCAUAGGAAAUGUCUUGUGAUAAAGCUAGUUUAGUUAACUAGCUAUCGUUAGUGAUUCAGCUAGCUAUCUCCUAAUUUUGAUCUUCAGAACUUUAACAUUAUCAUAAAAGCUUGUUAAACUUCUUAACAUGCAAUGAAGAGAUGAGCAAUGCAGAACAUUCGAGCCUUGAUAGCAAGUCCACGAGUGUUGAGUAUCAAAAGCAACGAUUGGCUUUACAAGUGUGCAGGGAUAAGGUGGAUAAUGAGUGAAGAGUCAGGGAAUGGGCAGAACAAGCCACUGAAACGAGUGGAGGAGGGAGAUGGAGAGUCGGGUGAGCACAUCAGAAAGAAGCUCAAGUCUGAUGUAGAACAGACUGGCGACGAGAGGAAACACCCCAAAAGAAAAGUGGUCCUGCUUUUGGCGUAUUCAGGCAAAGGUUACUACGGUAUGCAGAGAAAUGCUGGAUCUUCCCAGUUCAAAACCAUUGAGGAUGAGCUGGUUACAGCACUGAUUAAGUCUGGGUGCAUCCCAGACAACCAUGGAGAUGAUAUGAAAAAAAUGUCAUUCCAAAGAUGUGCAAGAACGGACAAGGGUGUUUCUGCAGCAGGUCAAGUGGUCUCUCUAAAACUAUGGAUGAUUGAAGACAUAAAGGAAAAGCUCAACUCCAAUCUUCCACCACAGAUCCGAGUGCUGGGUCUGAAACGAGUGACUGGGGGCUUCAAUUCUAAAAACAGCUGUGAUGCCCGUACAUACUCCUACAUGCUCCCCACUGUGGCCUUCGCCCCAAAAGACUAUAGCACUGAGAAUUCUAUUGCCUUCCGCCUGGAGCCAAAGACACUGCAGAGAGUAAAUUGUCUGUUUGGCAGAUACAAGGGCACUCAUAACUUUCACAACUUCACCUCCCAGAAGGCCGCGCGGGACCCCAGCGCCCGCCGUUACAUCACAGAGAUGACCUGUGGCGAGCCCUUUGUGCGUGGCGGCGCUGAGUUUGCUGAGAUUACUGUGCGUGGCCAGAGCUUCAUGAUGCAUCAAAUCCGGAAAAUGAUUGGCCUGGUGAUAGCUGUUGUGAAGGGUUAUUCUGGGGAUGAGGUGUUAAAGCGAAGCUGGGGCGAGGAGAAGGUGGAUGUGCCCAAGGCCCCUGGGCUGGGCCUGGUGCUCGAGAAGGUGCACUUUGACAUGUAUAACAAGCGCUUCGGCGGGGACGGCCUCCAUGAGUGCCUGGAGUGGACUGAAGAGGAGCAGGCUAUCUUGGCCUUCAAGGAGGAACACAUCUACCCCAGCAUUGUGGAGACGGAGUGCCAGGAAGGGUCCAUGGCCAGCUGGAUGGCCACACUGCCCAUACACGACUUUAAGGCCACUGCAAAAGGGGCUCAGGAUAAGGACAGGGGGCAGGAUGAUGAUGAUGAUGGUAAUGGUUCAGAUUCUGCACUUUGAAGAUUCCAGCGAGUAGAAAGACACCCGUUGCUGUAUCUCUCAAGAAUGAGCUUUUGUUUUGCUAUGGAAAUGCAUUGUCAAUAAUGCCACUGAUUUUUACAUAAUAUGUUUUGAAUAAACAUUUUGUUCUUUAAUUUAAA